GACGAGCUAAAAGGGAACGGAGCUAAAAGGGAACGGAGCGAAAAGCGUACGAAUCGACCUAACCUAACCUAACGCGCUCCAAAAAGUGGCCAUGGCUUUCUUGAUCAAGAGCAUGAUCGGGAACCCGCUGUCGGGAAUGGGCCUCGGCGGCGGAGGCGACAAGGAGGAGGAGGCCACCCCCUCGGACCCGGCCAAGGCGGCGGGGAUGACGCGGGAGGAGUACGAGGAGUACCAGAAACAGGUGGUGGAGGAGAAGAUGGAGAGGGAUGCAGAUUUCUUGCACAAGAAAGCCGAGAGGGCGACGCUGAGGGUGUGCCUGAGGGAAAAGUACAGGCUGCCUAAGAGCGAGCAGGACGAGAACAUGAUCGAGAUGGCCGGCGACGACGUGGACGUGCCCGAGGACCUGCUCAAGAUGGUGGACGAGGACGCCACGGAGGAGGAGGGCAAGGACUCCCUCAUGGGCCAGAUUCAGAACUUGCAGAACAUGGACAUGGACCAGCUGAAGGAGAAGGCGUCGGCCACCGUCACCGAGCUCAAGACCAAAGCCGAGGAGAAGUGCGCCGUAAUGUGAGGCGGCGACCCGGAAGAGGACCAAGACCUGUGAGGCUUUUGGAGUCGAACUACGUUGCAAUGCGAAAGCCACCAUUAGAUUUGUUGUUUUAGCAACGCUUUUUGUUUGUUUCAUUAACAACCUGCUCCCUGCUUCAUGGGGGAUGACAAAAUAAUACCAUUAACCACACAAACGGCGAAAAUAAAUGUAUGUAUUUGCACUUUAUUCCAGAUUCUCACCAGUUUCUUUUUUAGCCCAGUCGCCAACCCGCUUUAAAGUUGUUUUUGUGUGUUUUAGCGUAAUCCUGUGUGUGUCUUACUUUUAAUGUUACUAUGGCAGCAUGGCAACAAAACUAGUGGUGGUUUAGACUUUUGCACACAACUGCAUAUUAAUUUAAGCAUUAAAAAAUGCUUGCAUUAUAA